GUGUUGCCUUUGGAUCCCUUGCCGUGAAGGAAGUCGGUCCGUACCAGCUGUGCCCCUCCUGUACCAUGUGUCCUCCAGUCGCUGUAUUCCUGAGGGGUCUUAAAAUAGAGAGCCCUCUGGAAAUAGCCACUUCCCCGGUACACUGACACGCUGAUGGAUAGGGACGGCGUGCCCACGUGUCCCGUCAGACGCCUCUGGAGCAGAACCGCAGCGCCCGACCCGGGACCGGGCUGCUGCAUGUGCGUUGGCGACACGGUCGACCGCCGUGAUUGAGCGGGACUCGCGAUGGGUGCCAACGCCUCGCAGAAGCACAUCUUGCUGGAGAUGUUAUAACGGAGUAUAUUUAAUCAAACUUAGGGGCUUGUGUGGCGGGCAGGCAAGCGGCAUGACUGAGGAGAAAUGCCCUCAGCUGGUGGACUACUUCGUGGUGGCUGGGCUGGCGGGGGGCUCGGCCCCCCUGGACGAAGAGGGGCAGCAGCGAGGUGGACGCAUGGUGGAGCCGGUGACGGACCUGGCGGUGAUCGCCAGAGGGUUGGGCGAGGAGGUUCCCGAGGGCUUCACCUGCAUCGAGAAGACCCAGGGGGGCCACCCCGCCGAGCUGAGCGCCGGCCUCAUCAACAAUCCCCACAUGUACCUCUGCUACCGCAGGGGCCAUGACAAGCCCCCCAUCCUCGACCUCGGGGUGCUGUACGAGGGAAAGGAGGCCGCCAAACCGGGCUGGCAAGUCCUGGAGACCACGCCCUACAGCCGCUCGGCCAGCGUGAGCUCGGGGGGGCCCACCACCCACCGCACCUUCCUGAUGUACCGGCGGGCCCCCGACUCGCAGGCCCUCAACACGCUGGGGGUCACCGACAUUGCCCUUUUCCUCCCCAGCAAGGGCGAGACCGUGCCCCACACCUUCUGCAGGGUGGACAAGAACCUCAACACCGGCAUGUGGGGUCCAGCCUUGUACCUGUGCUAUAAGAGAGCGAUGACCAAAGCCAAUGCCCUGGCCUACGAGGCAGGUCUGAUUAGCCGCUACCCCGAAGCGGACCUGGACUCCUUUCCCCUGCCGGACAGCGUGCCCGUGUUUUGCCUCCCCAUGGGUGUCACUGUGGAGAGCUGGCCCCUCAACACCAAGUACCAGCUUCCUGUCUUCUCUACCUUUGUCCUCACCAGUGCCUGUGGAGACAAGGUGUACGGGGCCGCCAUACAGUUCUACGAGGCAUUCCCGCGCGAGGGCCUCUCCGAGAGGCAGAGCGUGCGCCUGGGCCUGGUGAGCGUGGUGGACCGGCGGCCCAUCACCAACCGCUCGCUUCAGGUGAAGAAGAGCAUCUGCGUGCUUUCCCACUGGCCAUUCUUCACCGUCUUCCAGAAGUUCCUCACCUUCAUCUACCGCUACUCCAUCUCUGGCCCCCACGUGCUGCCCCUGGAGAAGCACAUCUCCAGCUUCAUGCACAACGUCCCGUUCCCUUCGCCACAGCGCCCCCGGAUUCUCGUCCAGCUUUCCCCAUACGACAACCUACUGCUCUGCCAGCCUGUCUCCUCCCCUUUACCACUCAGUGGUGCCAGCUUCGUGAAGCUCCUCCAGAACCUGGGAGCGGAGAACGCCUGCACACUGCUGCUGGCCGUGCUGACGGAGCACAAGCUGCUGCUGCACUCGCUGCGGCCGGAUGUGCUCACCUCCGUCAGCGAGGCCCUGCUCUCCAUGACAUUUCCUCUGCGCUGGCAGUGUCCCUACAUCCCCCUGUGCCCGCUGAGGAUGGCGGACGUGUUGUGUGCCCCCAUGCCCUUCAUCGUGGGCGUUCACUCCAGCUAUUUUGACCUGUAUGACCCCCCUCAGGACGUGAUGUGUGUCGACCUGGACACCAACACCAUUUUCCAAUGUGAGGAUAAGAAGCCGCUGUCUUGGCGGUCGUUACCCAGAAAGCAUUGCAAGACCCUCUUGACGACCCUCAGUAACCUGAAUAAGACCCUGGAGAAGAUCUGCAUCCCCGGUCAAGAGGACGCCACCUUGGAGUUCCUCCUCACCGACUAUGACCUCAUCUACGGCCGUCAGAAGCAGCUGGAGCUGGAGAUACAGGAGGCCUUUCUGCGUUUCAUGAGCUGCUUGCUGCGGGGAUACCGGUCGUACCUGCUUCCCAUCACACAGGCCCCCUCAGAGAAGACCACCAACUGCAGCUCCCUGUUCAACCUGCAGGGGUUCCUAAAAUCCCGGGACCGGACCCAACAGAAGUUCUACGUCCAGCUGACGCGCACCCAGAUGUUCACGCACUUCAUCGAGGAAUGUUCCUUCGUGAGCGACAGGCACGCCUCGCUGGAGUUCUUCGACGAGUGCGUCCAAAAGGUGGACGUGGAGAAGCCGGAAGAGGUGCGGCUGAUAGACCUUGAUGAGACGCACAGCGGGGAGCACACGGUCUUCAUCAUGCCCCCAGAGGAGCCGCAGGAGUCUGAUGGAUCUGAGUGCCCCGCCCCCUAUAGCUACGAGACCUUCCCAUCGCUGCACCCGGAGCUUUUCGACCGGCCGCAGGACCAGCUGCGUGCUCCGGCCAAGGGGAGCGCCCCCAGCAGCCCGGCCCCCCGGCGCACCAAGCAGGAGAUCAAGCUGGCCCAGAAGCGGGCCCAGAAGUACUCCUCAGUGCCAGAUAUGUGGUCCAAGUGUCUGCUGGGGCACUGCUAUGGGCUGUGGUUCAUCUACCUGCCCACCUUCGUGCGGGCGGAGAGCGCCAAGGUGCGAGCCCUGCACACGGCGUACGAAGUGCUGAAGCACAUGGAGACCCGCAAGGUGGUGCUGCCAGAUGAGGUUUGUUACCGGAUUCUGAUGCAGCUGUGUGGCCAGUAUGGGCAGCCAGUGCUGGCAGUGCGGGUUCUGCUGGAGAUGAAGAAAGCGGGAAUCACACCAAACACCAUCACCUACGGCUAUUACAAUAAAGCUGUGCUAGAGAGCAAGUGGCCGUCCACCAAUCAGGGCGGCCGCCUCCGCUGGACCAAACUGCGAAAUGUGCUGAUGGCUGUGGCACAGUUCAGGCAGCCAGUCAAGCGGCGGCAGAAGAGCGGGUCCGUUGGUUCCCACGCAGAUGUUCUCGUGGAGCAGCCGGCGCAGCCGAGGCCGCAGUCCGGUCUGAUCCGCCAGUCCAGCUGGAGCGGGCUGAGCGAGGCCUCCAGCUAUGAGUCCCUUACCAGUCUGAUGGUCAAGAGCAACAGCCUGAAUAGCAUGCGAGCUUCAGUCAACAAGCCUACGACGUCCAGGAGAGUCCUGGCCCCGAGCGGUGGAGCGGCAGCCCGGAAGCCGCCAGUGGCUCCGCGCGACUCCAUAGGCUCCACCUUACUGCCCCCUGGUGGCCGAUUUGUGCGGCGGAGUGACAUCUGCUUGUCCACCUUCUACAAGGACUACGCUGAGCCGGCAGGACCGGACUGCGUCUGCCAACCUGGAGAGAGGGAGGGGAGCAGAGCUGCAGAACCACGAGAGGUGUCGGGCCGAAAGGCCGUGGACGAGAACUGCAACAAUGUGUCGUCGCCGAGCCGCGGCCUGGCGGGGAAGCUGCAGCAACUGCUGACGCCCACGAGGAACCGCGCCUCUGUCCGACGCGCCGCCAGCGUGGACGACCGCAGGCCUGGGGGGGGCGCCGUGGCGACGCGCCGGGUGUCCGAGCAGCGGCAGUCUCGUAAAAACCAGGUGGCGGACUCGCUGCUGAAAGCCAAGGAGCGACUGUACAAUGCCACCUCUGAGAGUUCGCUCUCAGUGGGGAGCGACAUUGACAUCAUAGAAACCACCAAUAUGACCUUUCAGCUCAGGAAGUCCUGGGAUUCCACACAAGAGGGAGCAGGGCUUGAGGUACUGAUGUCCAGCUGCUCACUCUGUCGAAAAUGUAAUUCGCUGGUCUAUGAUGAGGAGAUCAUGGCCGGUUGGACGUCUGAUGACUCCAACCUCAACUCCAGUUGCCCCUUCUGCUCAGCCACCUUCCUGCCGCUGCUCAAUGCAGAAAUCUGCGACCUGGGGUCCGUCUGCAGCUUAGAGCGCAACAACUCUCUUAAAAAUGGCUCUGAGGCAGCAACAGCGCCCCCUGGUGGACAAGAUGGAUUAAAGCAGCAUCUCUACAAUGGCGUGAGCGAGGACACCGGCUCUGAAACCAGCGCGUAUUCAGAAGGCAGCACUACCACGGGUUCCUCUGCAGGGGGUAUACCAUUGGUGACUGUGGCCUACCUAAGCCCCCUGGUACUACGCAAAGAGUUGGAGAGUCUGUUGGAGAAUGAAGGGGAGGCCGUCCUGUCCCAGGGCCUGCUCCUGGACAACCACUCCAUUAUCUUCUGGAACCUGGUGUGGUACUUCCAGCGCUUGAGCUUGCCCAGCAACUUGCCGCAGCUUCUGCUCUCCUCACAGCUCCCUGUCCAUCUCACCCAGGCUCCCGAGAACUUGGUGGUGAGAGUGCGACUGCUGUGGGACACCCUAACCCCUGAUACCGAUUACUGGCCACCCCUCUAUGUCCUCUGGAGAAUACAUAGCGGGGUGCCAAUGCGCAGCUACAGCUGGAGGAGGCACAAUCACCCCUUCACCCUGGCGUUUCUGGAGGAAAUGCUGCGCUGCGUUGGCAUGAAUGAAGUGCACAAGGCAGUCACACUCUUCCUGGAUACUGUUGCCAGGCAACCUGGAACUCCUCUAAUACAGAGGAGUCUCUACAGAGAGAUCCUGUUUCUCACUUUGGCUGCAAUGGGUAAAGAUGUUGCCGCGUUCGAUAAGAAGUACAAGGCGGCGUACGCACGACUCGGCGGCCUGCUGGGGAAGGACGAGGUGCACAGGAAGAGGGCCCAGCCCCCGAGCCCCAAAGCUGUGGACUGCAGACGCUGCUUCCUGUUACCGCUGGAGUGCUGAGAUCCACCCAGGGAGGGGCCGGCACCAGGAUGAAUACACACACACACACACACAUCCACGCUCCAGUGUGUCUGCCUGUCAGAAGCUUCAUCCCAGUCUAAACUGGUGUUUUACCCACUGCGGCCUGGUCAAGCUAUCGCUAGUUCUCUACUCGCUGUACCUCAGUUCUUCAGUCUGUAUUCCCUGACUCGCCCCUAACUAAUCACAUUCACAAUAUUGACUUUUACUGAAGACGAGUGUGUAGUUGGUUUAGCCCGGAUCAUUCUUUGCCGCAGUUUUGGUUCCAUACUCCCCGUGUAUCCUAAACUAACCCCCUAUAGCCUCGACGUCCCCUCUGGUGCCCCAGGCAUCUGAAAUUAAUCGCUGUCGGAAAAGCACUUUGACCUGCUGUGACCUUCCGAAUCUCGUCUGACUUGAAAAUUAAGCUUUCACUGGAACCUUUUCUGAACUGUGCAUACCUUGGAGGUGUAAACCACUCAGAACGAGAGACGCGACGCAGCGGCCCAUAUGGAUACGUAACAGGUUUAAAUGGAAAAUAAUGCAGUUUAUUGGCACGCGUCAUGUGAACCGGUAACAUACCAUGGCUUGGAGCUAAAUGUUACCGAUGAAGCUGUAUGUAGUAUAACGCAACCAUGUUCAUACAGACCCAUGCAGAACGGCACUGAAGAUCAAAAUAGCUGUCGCUUGAUGUCAUUUACGAGCCUGUAUCAUACUUUGCAGGAUAUUCGCCGCCCUCUUUUGGCUGUUUAUCGAGGGGCUAGGCAGUGUUUGCCGUCUCUAACUGAGCCCUUUCUUCUACUGUUAUUCAUUUGGAAUCUGAGCUGCAUCUCUCAACUGGGCCUCCUCUCUUUCGGUGAUAUGGCAGCGGUGCUGGGAAAGAGCUUUGAAGGCCUUCGCUGGCUUUCACGCCCCCCCCCCCCCCCCAUUUCAGGAGGAUCCCUUACACUUACCGUGCCCGUCUUUCCCCAAGUGCCCCGCGCCGGAGUCCGCCGAUCUGGCACCCAAAGAGACACGCAUCACUCUUCCCGCCCUUUGAGAAGAUUGAUGGGCGUACGAGAUGCAGUGCUGCACGAGGUGCAGUGCUGCACGAGGUGCAGUGCUGCACGAGGUGCAGUGCUGCACGAGAUGCAGUGCUGUACGUCUGCCUGUUGCCCACCCCCCCCGCGGAAGCAAGGCCGGGAAAUGGACCAAGAUCGAUGGCUGCAAUGUUUCAUUUUGCCAGACGGUGGCAGCAGAAGCACUGGAUGGAGGCCACAAAGGAGCCAAGGGCUUUGGAUACUGGCUUUGUUUUUUUUUGCAUUGAAGUCCCUGGGCCCCCACCUCCAGGUACCUGCCCUGCAAAUACACAUCAAACCAUUUUUCAAGGUUCAAAGCUGUGUAUUUUUUUUUUGCCUGUUCUGCAGGGCUUUUCUGGCCAAGGGAAAAAAAAUUGUGGGAAAAAACUGUGGAUACUGUAUAUUGAAGGAGAAGCAGAAACAGGAAGCGGGUAUUGGAUAUGCGAUCCCUCAUCUUUUGUAUUUUCCUGCCUUCCCGUCCUUGCUGUAUACGAUAGAUAUGUCUUUGAAUGCUUGAGGUAAUGUAGGGUAAGUUUUAUCGUCUGAGGGGUCUUUCAAGAACAUAGCCAUUGCUACUGUUUUUUCCCCACAACUGUCUAUAUUCAUUUGUCCCUGUCGCCUGGAUUUUGAUACAGGGCUUAAUUAAAUGCAUUGUUUACUCUGUUUGAAUCCAGGUUAAUGUUUUAGUAUCUCAGUGGUUUUCAGCCGUAAAGUCCUUUGCUUGACAAAUGAAACUUAUAAUGUGGCUUUUGUUUAGCAUCGAUCGGGUGUCUGAAGCUUUUCUAUUGCACAGUAAAAAUCCCAGAUUUAGAACUAUACCCCCAUCACAAUGGGGGGGUGCAAUCUGCAGUCUACUGUAACAUUACUUUUAGUUAGCUGUUACAUUUGGGGGAGUUGUGUCCAUGUCGGAUUGUGGAUAACAUCUAAUGUUUUGUGCAUUUUGAGUCCCUUGUUGAUAUAGAUUGUAGCGUGACUAGCGUGCGGUCCACAGCACCCCAAGAUGCACAUUCAAAUGCAUAGAGUGUAGAUUUUAAUUCAGCAGGCCGAUUUGCACAACGCGUUAACAAUGGUUAAAUGUACUCACAGUCGAGAAAAGUCAUCAGAGUUAUUGAUCCACCAGCCUAAUGUGAAUAAAUUAUUAUUUUUUUUUGGUCCAGCAAUAAUAUAAUUUUAAAAGCGCUCUGAUUCCAGGUGGGUCUGACCUCUGGGUCUGGUUCUCUAUCCUUCUUGGAACCGUAGACUGUACGUGGUUCCAUAUAAUACUGAGGUUUUAAUGGCACCUUCAGAUCUAUAUUUGACUCUUCCUUCUUGUUCCACUGAUUAGUGUUAAGUCUGCACUGAUCAUUUAGCUUAGAAUCUUAGCCUGAGUCAUGGUGGGGGGGGGAAUUAAAAUGAUCACAAUGUAAUAAUAUGUUAAGUAAGCCUUUCUGUCAAUGCUGACAAAAGCAAUAGUUUUGCCAUACCUUGUGCCAUAUGCUUCGGUAAUGGGUGCACAGGACAGUAACAAUAUCUGAUAUAUACUGUGCUGAUUUGAAUUAGUCAAUGCUAUUUAUCAGUGGGAAAGUUACAGUUGAAACCUUAUUUCGAGGGUGUACUUUUUAAAGAAUAGAUAUGCCAUGAAGUAAUUGUUAGAUUUCCUGGCUGUUCCCAUCAGCUGGAUUCUGUGGCUUUCGACACGUUUGUGUUUAGGCAGCUUACUGCUUGUGUUAACUAUCGUUUGGAAAAUCGGUUCAGACACGCGGGCGAUGAGGCGGCCUCUUCAUCCUGGUUACUCUUGGCAGAUGAUCAGCCCCGCCUUGUGCUUUUGCGCGGCUAAAACGGACGUGCGGCGGACCUUCGCAGAACAGAGCUGCCGUGCUGGGCGUACCGCGGUGAGAACAGUGGGUCUCGACCAAAACUAGCUUUCGGCCGGAGUGACCGGGUGGAGGGCGGGGAGGUAAAAAUCAGCUUUGCGGUAGUGAAAUGUCUCUUAAGAAAGACACACCAGGUUUCGACAUUUAUGCUGGACGAGAGUGUGUUUCAUUUUCAGCCCCUGUGUAUUUUAAACCAAGAAUGGUCAGGAGGGAAUUUCAAGUUUAAAAAAAAAAUUACUUUUAUUUUUUUAUGGAUAAAUGAACAAAGAGAUGAAAACGACUUUAUUUAAGAGUGACUUUAAUUGUGUUGCUGUUGUAAUUUAUAUGGCUGUGAUUUUUUUUGUUUCAUUUUGUUUUGUUGUAACUGUCUUGUUUGUAAAAAACAAAACAACCCCGUAAUCUA